UCACCGCGCCGCUGCAUGCGGAAGUCGGUGGGAGGCCCCGCCCAGGCAGACGCCGGCGGGAGCGGGACGGGGCCGAUGGAGCUGUGCGGUGGCGGCGACGGCUGGUUCCUGUACUACGCGUACGGCAGCAACCUGCUGCGGGAGCGGCUGCUGCUGCGCAACCCCUCGGCGUCGCUCUGCGCCCUGGCACGGCUGCAGGAUUUUAAGCUCGAGUUUGGCCAUCAUCAAGGCAGGACAAGUUCUGUCUGGCAUGGAGGUACAGCUACCAUUGUUCAGAGCCCUGGAGACGAAGUAUGGGGAAUAGUGUGGAAAAUGAACGCUAGCAAUUUAAGUUCACUGGAUAAGCAAGAGGGAGUUGAAGAUGGCAUUUAUGGCCCAAUAGAAGUUAAUGUCCACACUCAAGCAGGAAAGGUUCUGACCUGUCGAAGCUACCAGAUGAAGGACUAUGUCUGUGGUCCCCCUUCUCCUCAAUAUAAAAAGGUUAUAUGCAUGGGUGCAGAACAGAAUGGCUUGCCAACUGACUAUCAGAAGAAAUUAGAAGCUAUUGAAACUAAUAACUAUGCAGGACCAGUGCCAAUAAUGGAAGAGAUUGAAGCUGCUAUUAAAGCAAAGAAAAUAAAAUCUGCAUAGAAUACCUCUGCACUUGUUUGGCCAUUCCCCUUGAUUUAGAUACCUCUCCUCACCGUGCUGAUCAUCAGUUUCUUUAUUUAUCAAGAAAAGAUGAGUUUGCUGUGCAUCUACAGUAAGCCAUCAGACAUAAUUUGUAGUCUGAAGAGACACUGACGUUGGUAACUUCUUCAUUUUGUAUGUAUAGCUUGAGUACAUACUGAAGUUUUUGCAGAUUUAGAAAUUAUCUUUCUUUAAUUGUCAUGCAGUGCUGCAUGCAAACUUGUGCUUCAUGUCCUAUAUACUGACCUUUUUAAAGGAAAAAGGCCAUCUUGAUGGUUAUUGGCAUCUGUUACCUCCUGAGGAAUAAGGGCUGCAGGACCAGGCCCUUUGUUCUUAAAUGUUGCAUACACAAUUAGUAAGAAUUUCAAAGAUUUAUUUUUUGAUGCAAAGUAGACUCAAAACCCUAAAGCAACACUAAACUUUUUCCUCUGCUGUUUAAUGGUUUAAAGGCUAACCUAUCUAAAACUAUGAAGCUCCUAUUUCUGUUUUUAUAGUUAACAGAGAAAGUUUAAAAAGUAUUACUCUUCUGUCUCCAUGUUUUUAAGUGUUAGUCCAAAAGGCAAUCCAGGCCUAAGGACAACAUUCAGCAAAGGAUCUUAUGCCCUACUCCUUUCUGUGUCUAGUAAUCGUCAUAGGUGAACUGGUUAUAUAACCAACAGAUUUUUUUUUUUUUUUUUUUUUUAAAGAAUUUGUUUUAGUUAGAUAAUCCCAAGUUUUUUAAAUGACCUUUUUGACUGGCUGGCUGCUUAUCUAGGCCUUGGUCUCACGUCCCGUGAAAUCAGAAAGUCUCCUGUGAGUCCUAGUGCAUUUGUUUCAUGGUUUUCUUUGUCUCUUAAACCCCAGAUGAACAGACUUGGUCUCUCUUUUUUUUUUUUUUUCUUCGUGUUUUUUUUUUUCUUUCUUUUUUUUUCCCCUUUGACAGUCUCAUGCAAAACUGGAAGCUCGUGUAAGGUUUAGAGUACUUAUCUUUACGGUAUUUGGCAACCCCUGUAGUUAGUCUGUGGGGGACAAGGGAAAAUUCACAACCUGGAAGAUGUCAAACAACUGAACUUUGGCUUAUCUUCUGUAUGGUGUAUUUUUUUUUCUCUUGAUGUACAGAGGGGCAUAAGAUACAAUCCGUGUCACUGUGUGACUGCUUAGAUAAACAAAUGACAAAGUAACAGACUUACAGUGUCUUUUCUGCAUAUUUUUUUUUCUGUAAACUUUUUCCAGGGAUGUGUAGGUGCUAUCCUGAUGUCGUAUGCCCGUUUCCAGAGUCGGGCACAGUGACUGCAGUAAAACACGGUACUUUCUGUAUUAGCACUGUCUAGGCUGAAACUGAGUAAAUAAAACGGUGAUUACCAAACCUU